AGUAGUCAGCGUGAUGUUAUAUGGAGAAGACAACAAACAAUUGUGCAUACCUGUUUUAUCGUGUUACUCCCACAGCCAUCAUGUUUGAACUUUGACAACGCUUCACAAGCAACUAAAACACACAUACUACGGCCAUCGCCCUAUUUUAAAGGUCAGUUCAUGACAACACAUUCCUCCAACGUCAAGACUGUGAUCAUGUCGGAAGAUGGCCAGACUUUCACAACGUUACUGG